AUGGAGACCGAGUAUGUUCUUCCCUUGUGGCAGAACUGUGAUUUCACCGCCGUCUCGCCUUUUCAAGCAGUCGAGCUGGGUUUUCAGGGCAUGGAUGCUGAGAUGAGCAGAUUCGAGUUUCAUUCUCCGACUAUUUCAAUGGGGAAUUUGUCUGAUACUUCCUUUUCUGUAACCCUCUCUUCUCCUCCCAGGGCGAUUUGGGGGGUUUCUCCUUUCCAAGAUGAUGAUUUUCUACUGGUGUUUCCGGUGGAACAGUACUCGCUGAACUUGCCGGAUAUUGAUGGCAGCUUACUGGAUACGUUAUUGGUUGAUAUGGUCGAUGACGUAUGUGAGUGGAUGCCAGGUGAAAGCAAUUCUUCUUCACAAUUCACUGAAGAAGAUGAUUCAUGGACCCUGAACCUUCCUUCAGUGAUUUCAAGUGAACCAGCUUUAAGCGCCAUCUCAGCUGAAGCAUCCAUCGUGCUGCCUAGCCAAUAUAUGGAAGUUGAUGACCAACUGAACAUUUUCCACCUCCUUAAGGCCUAUGGAGAGGCCAGAGAGGCUAACCAACAAGUACUUGCAGGAGAAAUCUCGAGUCGAUUGACGGAAAAGUGUAGUCCAACCGGCACGAGCCUUGAGCGUGUUGCACAUUACAUGAUCAGAGCUUCAGAUGGUCAGGGAGAGCACCUUAGUCAGUCCAUGAAGAAUUUGGAGGCCGCAUUUCAUGCUUUCUAUCAAAUAUAUCCUGUCAGUAGAUUUGCUCAUUUCACUGCAAAUUCUCUAAUUCUAGAUGCAAUUCCUGAGGAUACCCACGAACUACACAUAAUCGAUUUCGACAUUGGCGAAGGGGUGCAAUGGCCACCUCUUCUUGAGGAACUUGUAAGACGAGGACAGAAGGAGGUGCGUUUGACAUCUCUAAGGUGGAUGGAAGCAGAUUGCGGCUGUGGCUCGGUCACAGAAAGGCAAGGAGGGAUAAACAGGUGGAUGACCGAACAUGCUCAGUCACUUGGAUUGAGACUAAAGAUGGCGGAAACCAACAUACAAGGCCUUGUGGCAGAGCUAAAUAAGAGCAAAGGGAAGGAAUGGCUAGCUUUUAACUGCAUGAUGGGACUCCCUCACAUAAGAAAGAGGAGGGACGUCAUCCAUCAUGUGACCGAGUUUCUCAAAGUUGCCAAGAGUUUUAUUGGUAGGAGUGACCAAGGGAUCAUAACUGUUGGUGAUGGGAUUGGCAUGGAGGAUGAUGCAAUGAGAGAGAGGAACGGAUAUGGAGCUUUCCUUGAAGAGAAAUUGGUGGACCUCCAAGCCUUGUUCGAAACGAUGGAGAUUCAUUUUCCAGGUCCUGGCCAAUUUACAGAAGCAAGAAGGGCUUUGGAGUCCAUCUUUAUGGGUCCUUAUGUGUCUUCCCUGACAAAUUAUCAGGAUUGGGAAGAAAGUGGUGAGACAAGUAGAGUUGCGGUUUCAGAGAUGGGUUUGGAGGCUAGGAGAAUUAGCAAAAGCCAGCACCAAUUAGUGGAGGCAAAAGAGCUUGUGAGACUGGGAGGUGGGGAGAGUUCAUGUUGGGUCACAGUUGAAGGGGCUGAAGAGAACCGAAUGGCAUUGGGCUACAGAGGAAGCACUUUUGUUAGAAUUUCUAGUUGGACAUAG